AUGGCUGCAAAAUUGUUGGCACUAUGUCUGCUGCUUGUGGGAGCAGUGUUGCCACAGGGCCGCUGUCAGCACUGGUCAUACGGACUGAGCCCGGGAGGGAAGAGGGAUCUGGACAGCCUCUCAGACACACCGGGCAAUAUUCUUGAGGGGUUUCCACACGUGGACACACCCUGCAGUGUUUUUGGUUGUGUGGAGGAAUCACCUUUUGCCAAGAUUUACAGAACCAAAGGAUUUCUUGACAGUGUCACCGACAGGGGAAAUGGACACAGACCAUAUAAAAAAUAAGGAUUAUUUGAAAAUAUUAUAUUAGCAUGUCACAGUUGUUGUUGUUAUUGCUUGUGUGAUGUACACUUAAAUUAAAAAUACAAUUUACAGGCUCUUUUACUUUGCUAAAUAUCUCUGUGCUAUUUUGAAAGAUAGUUUUGGUAAACCGCUCAAAGGUGCUGAGUGUUCUUAUGCUAUUACCAUUGAUGUUGUGUGGUAUAUUUCAUGUAUUUAAUGCUAAAAACUCAGUCCUGUUACCUUCAGUCCUGUAACUUAUAUGAACCAUCUUCAAUUCAGAAACUUAUUGAAUAAAUAAAAAAGAUGGCCUGAGUUGACCAAUAUACAUUUCAAGUAGUUAAACAUGUGUGUUAUUUGAUACAGUGCUGAAAAAAAUAUAAAAGUAAGUUUAUUUUGACAAGUUACAACAUGCAAACUGCACCAAUUUGGCAGAACAUUUUUCCUUUAGUAAAAGUUUA